CUACACCGGCUAAUAACAAGAAUUAAAAUUUUGGUGAAAUAAUUGAAAAUGUCUGUUUUUAAGCCAAAAUUUCUUAAACCAGACACAGAUGAUGCAAUUUCGGAUAGCGUGGGCAGCGAGCAGCAGUCAUCGGCCUUUGUUUUCAACGCACACCAUAAUUUGGGCCUAGUGGAGCAGCGGGAGCGCUUGCCCAUACGACAGUACAGGGACCAGAUCCUGUACUGCCUAGAGAAACACCAAGUGGUGAUCCUCGUGGGCGAGACGGGCAGUGGCAAGAGCACUCAAGUUCCACAGUAUUUAUACGAAUGGGGCUGGCACUCCAAGGGACUGAUUGGCAUCACCGAACCACGACGAGUCUCCACUGUUACUCUGGCGAAUCGCGUGGCCCAGGAACGUGGCGAACUCGUUGGCGACACUGUAGGCUAUGUGGUGCGCUUCCUGGAACGGAUUACCGCAGAGACCAAGAUCAAGUUCAUGACCGAAGGCAUCCUGCUGCGUGAACUUCUCGCCGAUCCCCUGCUCACCCAGUAUGGAGUCAUCAUUGUGGACGAGGCCCAUGAGCGCAACAUGCUCACCGACAUGGUCCUAGGACUGCUGAAGAAGAUCUUGCGUAAGCGUAGCAGUCUGAAGCUCAUCAUUUCAUCGGCCACCAUCGACGCGGGCUUCUUCAGUGAGUUCUUCAGCUGGCCAGGCUCGGGAGAGGUAAGCGUUAAGCUUAGCAUCGAAGGACGCAUGCAUGCUGUGACCAACUUUUACCUCAACGAACCCUGCGCCGACUACGUCAAGGAAACCGUGGAAACGAUCUGGAAGCUGCACCAAAAAGAGCCGCCCGGAGACAUUUUGGCCUUCCUAACCGGCCAGGAGGAAGUCCUAGAAGCACUUGAUCUCCUCCGCGAGUACAUAGCCAGUUCGGAGCAACAGAAUCUCAAAGUGCUACCCAUGUAUGGCAGUAUGUCAAGCACGGAUCAGCUGGCGGUGUUUUUCACACCUCCCAAGGGAGUGCGCAAGGUGGUGUUAGCCACGAACAUAGCGGAGACCUCCAUCACCAUUCCGGGCAUCGUAUAUGUCAUCGACUGUGGCUACGUAAAAGUAAAGUGGUACAAUCCCAAGACCUGUAGCGACAGUUUGGUUGUGGUGCCAGUAAGCAAGGCCUCCGCUGUGCAGAGAGCAGGUAGAGCGGGUCGGAUGCGUCCCGGAAAGGUAUAUCGGCUGUAUACCAAAGCAGACUAUGAGGCCUUGGCUCCACGACAGCCUCCAGAGAUGCGGCGGAGCGAGAUGAGCGGAGCUGUGCUGCAGUUAAAGGCUCUUGGCAUUGCUAAUAUACUACGCUUCGAUUUCCCAUCGCCGCCACCAGCACAGAACCUACUCUCUGCGUUGGAGACACUCUUCGCCUUGGACGCCAUCAAUGAGCAGGGGAAUUUAACCAAGCCGGUGGGUUAUCUUCUCGCCGAGCUACCCUUCAGCGCCAUGCUCUCGAAGAUGCUGUUCGUAUCCGGGCAGAUGGGCUGCUCCGAGGAGAUCAUCACCAUUAUUGCCAUGCUCCAAGUGCAGUCUGUCUUCUCGCGUCCCGUUUCGGCGGUUGCCCAGCAAAGUGGACGGAUCGCUCAUCGACAUUUUGAGGUGGCCGAGGGAGAUUUCAUCACACUGCUGAACGUCUUCACCGGCUUCGUGGAGGAGGGCAUGACCAAGGAGUUCUGCGGCCAGUACUAUCUCAUCUACAGGAACAUGAAGCGAGCCUACGAGCUGAGGGAGCAGCUGGUCACGUUGGCGCGCAAGAAGUACGGCAUUCCGAUCUUCUCGUGCAAGGGCGAUGUGGAAACAUUGUGCAAAUGCAUCACCGCAGGCUUCUUCACCCAGGUGGCCUAUCUCCAUCACUCGGGAGUCUACCGACAGAUCAGCAGCGGCACUGAGCUAUCCAUUCAUCCCAACUCCACGUUAUAUACAUUGCCUCAGGCCCAAUAUGUGGUCUAUGGAGAGCUACUCCAAACAACGAAGCUGUUUAUGAACCAAGUGACGGUGAUCAAAAGGGAGUGGCUAACUGAACUGGCGCCGCAUUACUACCAGCAGACCACGGUGCGGGACUAGCAGGAAAAAAGAGAGAUUAUAGGACAAAGUAAGCCUGCAGAUCUAGCCAGCAGCAACGCGACCACGUCCCUGGAACAACAUCAUAGACUCCGGAC